GCUCUGAAGAUGGUAGUGCAGCAUGGUCCUUGAAUACGUGUCGUAUUUCAUUUGUUCAAGAUGAGUUGGAUGUUCUCUCUCAGUCUGGCCGUGGCUCUUCUGGAACUCUGUAGGGGACACAACACUUUGUUUAAAGGUAGGACAAUAAGUUAUGACACAAUCAAUAAUAAUGAUAAUGUGUAUGCAUUACUGUUUAUUACCGUGUUCCAUGAUAUCUUUGUUAAUAUGUUUUCUUUGUACUGGUUGAGACAGGUGGCCUAUAUCUGCUAAUCAGUUUUGAUUCCGUUUUUAAAAACCAGGUGCCUUAUGCAAAUGUUAAAAUGUCUUAUACUGUAAGUGUGUUGAUAUUGUGGGCACUCCUUGGUCCUAUAUGAAUGCUGGCUGUUGUGGAAAUUAAAACCUUUAGUUAUGUGUUCGUGUUCAUAUUUCCUGUUAUUUAUGCUACAUUGAUCUGCAAAUACUUAUUUUCCAAUAUUAUGUAUUCGUAACUGUUGUUUGGAAUUCCCUGCCCAUUUGUCUUACAUUCUGCAAACAUAAAAAACAGCAUUGUCUCCAUUAGAUAUAUAACGUAACUAUUUCUUUAUUUCAGGAUAUGUCCUGUCUAUGUCCAGCUACCACCUGUGUACUGGACAUGAGAGCAGGGUGGUGAGUAAAGUGUGGUUCUAUAAGACCUCCUACAGGGACAGGAGGUCCUGUGGCAGCUGGCUACCCUGGAAGACGUGUGCGGUCACUCUUUACAAAACGGCCUAUCGAACAGAGUACAUGAAUGUCACCGAGGAGGUUAUGAGGUGCUGUGAGGGCUAUGAACAAGUGGGCAGCUACUGUGCUUUACGUGAGUAUUCUAGCUUAUAUUUUAGGACUUGUUCAUCAUGAAAACAAAGUAUAUUUAGGAGCACACAGAAGUAUCUAUGUGUAAAGAACAUAUUUAACAGUUUUCUCAUUUUCACAAUUUACAUCAGCACCCAAGCCCCUACAACAAUCAGGACCUGUAGUCACGGAGACCCCUUUUUAUGAAGUAUCUAACAAAGAUCACUAGAUGGGGCUGUCAACCAAGAAUACAGUUUGUAGUUUCCUAUUUACUUUGUAAACAUUUAAUAUGAUACUCUCUCUCUAUUUCUCUCUCUCUCAUUGAUUAAGCUAUGAACAGAAGUGGAGAGUUCACUGCCAAACCAGGCUCCUGCCCUGAGGGUGUAGUGGAGGCCCCCAGGAAUACAGGGUGUGAAUGGGACUCAGACUGCCCAGGGUGGCAAAAGUGCUGCCAGAGAGAGGGCCUAUCUUUUUGCACUGACCCUCAACAUACAGGUGAGUACAGACCCCAGAUAAACUUUAUUGUUAAAGUGAUUCAAGAUAUAUGUUUAAGUUGCAUAAUAACUACCAUUGUGUAAACAUCACGACACAGAAAAUCAUAUUGCAAACCGUUAUACAUUAUUAUUUCACUCAGGCAAUAGAGGCUGUUGCUUCAACGUCACUGUGACCGUGAAGACAGAUUACCAGCAGCUGAUAUCCAUGGACGGGGGAAUCCUGAACCACACAAGGCUGUUGCACUCUGUGGUAGGCUACUGUAUCUCUCCCUACGUUCUUCUCAAUGAUGGUCCGUUAUAUACAGUGCCUUGCAAAAGUAUUCAUCCUCCUUGGCAUUUUUCCUAUUUUGUUGCAUUACAAUCUGUAAUUUCAAUGGAUCUUUAUUUGGAUUUCAUGUAAUGGACAUACACAAAAUAGUCCAAAUUGGUGAAGUGAAAUGAAAAACAUAACUUGUUUCAAAAAAUUCAAAAAAAUAAAUAACGGAAAAGUGGUGCGUGCAUAUGUAUUCACCCCCUUUGCUAUGAAGCCCCUAAAUAAGAUCUGGUGCAACCAAUUACCUUCAGAAGUCACAUAAUUAGUUAAAUAAAGUCCACCUGUGUGCAAUCUAAGUGUCACAUGAUCUCAGUAUAUAUCCACCUGUUCUGAAAGGCACCAGAGUCUGCAACAUCACUAAGCAAGGGGCACCACCAAGCAAGACCAAGGAGCUCUCCAAACAGGUCAGGGACAAAGUUGUGGAGAAGUACAGAUCAGGGUUGGGUUAUAAAAAAAUAUCAGAAACUUUGAACAUCCCACGGAGCACCAUUAAAUCCAUUAUAAAAAAAUUGAAAGAAUAUGGCACCACAACAAACCUGCCAAGAGAGGGCCGCCCACCAAAACUCACGGACCAGGCAAGGAGGGCAUUAAUCAGAGAGGCAACAAAGAGACAAAAGAUAACCCUGAAGGAGCUGCAAAGCUCCACAGCGGAAAUUGGAGUAUCUGUCCAUAGGACCACUUUAAGCCGUACACUCCACAGAGCUGGGCUUUACAGAAGAGUGGCCAGAAAAAAAGCAAACACGUUUGGUGUUCGCCAAAAGGCAUGUGGGAGACUCCCCAAACAAAUGGAAGAAGGUACUCUGGUCAGAUGAGACGAAAAUUGAUCUUUUUGGCCAUCAAGGAAAACGCUAUGUCUGGCGCAAACCCAACACCUCUCAUCACCCCGAGAACACCACCCCCACAGUGAAGCAUGGUGGUGGCAGCAUCAUGCUGUGGGGAUGUUUUUCAUCGGCAGGGACUGGGAAACUGAUCAGAAUUGAAGGAAUGAUGGAUGGCGCUAAAUACAGGGAAAUUCUUGAGGGAAACCUGUUUCAGUCUUCCAGAGAUUUGAGACUGGGACGGAGGUUCAACUUCCAGCAGGACAAUGACCCUAAGCAUACUGCUAAAGCAACACUCGAGUGGUUUAAGGGGAAACAUUUAAUGUCUUGGAAUGGCCUAGUCAAAGCCCAGACCUAAAUCCAAUUGAGAAUCUGUGGUAUGACUUAAAGAUUGCUGUACACCAGCGGAACCCAUCCAACUUGAAGGAGCUGGAGCAGUUUUGCUUUGAAGAAUGGGCAAAAAUCCCAGUGGCUACACGUGCCAAGCUUAUAAAGACAUACCCCAAGAGACUUGCAGCUGCGAUUGCUGCAAAAGGUGUCUCUACAAAGUAUUGACUUUGGGGGGGUGAAUAGUUAUGCACACUCAAGUUUUCCGUUUUCCGUUUAUUUUGCAUCUUCAAAGUGUUGUGUAAAUCAAAUAAUACAAACCUCCAAAAAAUCCAUUUUAAUUCCAGGUUAUAAGGCAACAAAAUAGGUCAAAUGUCAAGGGGGGUGAAUACUUUCGCAAGCCACUGUAUAUUUCUCACUGUGUGUACCUAGUACAGGCCUUGCCCAUUCUGUAUUGGCUUACAGGUGACUGGAGCCCUGGACUCCUCUGACGUCUCUGUAUACUACAUCAGCUCCUGGCCUAUAGGGCCAUUCAGAACCGCUUCAUCUAUGCUGAUUGGUUCCCUUGAAACUCUGUCCUUGUCCAACACUACCGCAAAGCUGCAACUUCUUCUCAAACACAUUGAAGAAGUCACCUCGGUGUCUGUUGAAGGUAAGAGGAUACUGUACUUCACUGUGGGGUGUAAAUACACAGGCUUUUGUGGGGGUGUAACACCCAGGGCCAAAUACAUCUCUAGAUACUGUAAGUGAGCGCCAUAUACACUACCAGUCAAAAGUUUGGACACAUACUCAUUCAAGGGUUUUUCUUUAUUUUUACUAUUUUUUACAUUGUAGAAUAAUAGUGAAGACAUCAAAACUAUGAAAUAACACAUAUGGAAUCAUGUAGUAACCAAAGAAGUGUGAAACAAAUCAAAAUAUAUACAGAAGGUAGCCCUAUUCGGUAAAAAAACCAAGUCCAUAUCAUGGCAAGAACAGCUCAAAUAAGCAAAGAGAAAUGACAGUCCCAUCAUUACUUUAAGAUAUGAAGGUCAGUCAAAAUUUCAAGAACUUUGAAAGUUUCUUCAAGUGCAGUCGCAAAAACCAUCAAACGCUAUGAUGAAACUGGCUCUCAUGAGGACCACCACAGGAAUGGAAGACCCAGAGUUACCUCUGCUGCAGAGGAUAAGUUCAUUAGAGGUACCAGCCUCAGAAAUUGCAGCCCAAAUAAAUUAUUCACAGAGUUCAAGUCACAUACACAUCAACAUCAACUGUUCAGAGGGGACUGUGUGAAUCAGGCCUUCAUGGUCGAAUUGCUGCAAAGAAACCACUACUAAAGGGCACCAAUAAGAAGAAGAGACCUGCUUGGGCCAAGAAACAUGAGCAAUGAACAUUAGACUGGUGGAAAUUUGUCCUUUGAUCUGGGGUCCAAAUUUGAGAUUUUUGGUACUAACUGCUGUGUCUUUGUGAGACGCAGUGUGGGUGAACGGAUGAUCUCAGCAUGUGUAGUUGCCGCUGUAAAGCAUGGAGGAGGAGGUGUUAUGGUGUGGGGGUGCUUUGCUGGUGACACUGUCUGUAAUUUAACCAGCAUGGCUACCACAGCAUUCUGCAGCGAUACACCAUCCCAUCUGGUUUGGGCUUAGUGGGACUAUCAUGGAAUUUCCAACAGGACAAUGACCCAACACACCUAUAGGCUGUGUAAGGGCUAUUUUACCAAGAAGGAGAGUGAUGGAGUGCUGCAUCAGAUGACCUGGCCUCCACAAUCCCCUGACAUCCAUUCAACUGAGAUGGUUUGGGAUGAGUCGGACAGCAGAGUGAAGGAAAAGCAGCCAACAAGUGCUCAGCAUAUGUGGGAACUCCUUCAAGACUGUUGGAAAAGCAUUCCAGGUGAAGCUGGUUGAGAGAAUGCAAAGCGUGUGCAAAGCUGUCAUCAAGGCAAAGGGUGGCUAGUUGAAGAAUCUCAAAUAUAAAAUACAUUUUGAUUUGUUUAACACUUUUUUGGUUACUACAUGAUUCCAUAUGUGUUAUUUCAUAGUUUUGAUGUCUUCACUAUUAUUCUACAAUGUGGUAAAUAAAGAAAAACCCUUGAAUGAGUAGGUGUGUCCAAACUUUUGACUGGUACUGUACAUUAUCUCUGGUAACAUCUAUCUGUCAACUUUGUUGGGUUUUAUGGUGGCUAUGAUGUUGCUGAGAACACUGUGCUGACUCAGUAACACCACGUUGUCCCACUCUGCUUCCAUUUCCUCUUCACACUCAUCUGUCACGUUUCCUCUGGAUUUUUUUUUUUUUAGUAAUUGACACACUCACAAAAACACACACCACACCAGUGCAAACACACAAUCAUACACUCACAAUAAUACACACAGAUGUGCUCACAAGCACGCAUACUCACACACAUGAACACACACAUGCAUGCAUGCAAUCAUGCACACACACACACACACACACACACACACACACACACAUUCAUUCAAGGGCAUAUAUUAUAUAUCCUGUAGGUAUAUAUAGUGUCUACAUAUAAAACACAUUAUGUUGCUGUCCUUUCAGAUAUAGAUGAGUGUACCCAUGCCACUCUCAGCAGCUGCUCACGUCAGGCAGACUGUGCCAACACAGAGGGCUCCUACAGCUGCACCUGCCAUCCUGGAUUCACUGAUCUGAACUCCAACAACACAGGGGAACACUGCCAAGGUAAGAACAGGGAGGGGUGUACACUAACUCUGGGUUAUAUUAAAUUAAUGUCAAAAUUAAAAUGUUUGUAACUCACACUCUCAACCUAUUUGUUCUCCUUACAGCUGCUGACCUUGUGACCUCAGCCAUGCCCAGUAAUGCCACUCAUAUGUUCUGGUGGGCCAAUGCAACAGAGCUGCCACCCAACAGCAGCUAUCAGUCCUGGGUCUCCAGCUUUACUGAUAACCCAACAGCUGUAGCUACAACCACAGACAGGGGCAUGAUGCUGAGCUCCACCCAAAUACCUGCUACCACACAUGACCUAGCUACAGCCAGUUCCAACAGGUCUGAGACCAGUACAGGUCUCACAUCCUGGAGUAGUCCCAUUUCAUUGCAGCAUACCACUAACACCAACACUCUUACCCUGCCCCUCUCCACCUCUAUGCCCCAAACCAGCGUGGGACCUACUGUGGAGGACAUGUACCUAAGUGUGUCCUCACUAUCACCAUCCACAUGCCGUAUGUAAAUGAAUAACUCUCUGCUUAUACAGUGUAUAACAGUGCCAAUUUUAAGCAUGUGGACUUAUUUUUUCUUCAAUAUCAGUUUCCCCCAAUGACUCCCCUGCUGUUUCUAGGAGCCCUGAGGCGGUUUGGAUAAUAUUUUCCUAAGUGCUCCACUUUAAUCUAAUUGUUUUAAGAAAUGGAACACUUAACAAAAUCACUAAUUUCAAAACAGCUCAGAUGCUGUGAUAUUUCAUAGAAGGUGAGAUUGACUACUGAUUCCCUUCUCCCUUCUCCCCUCUCCCCCAGACCCAACCCCCACCACCAACUUGCAGGCCUCCAACAUUAAUGGCUUCUCUUUCUGCCUGUCCUGGACUGGCCAAUCCCAGAGCGGGCUCAGCUUCCUGGUGGUGUUGAGGGAGGGGUCAGAGGUCAAGGGACGCUGGGAGACAGAGCUGUCAGUCUUGGAGGUGACAGGGCUGCAGCCUGGGGUUCUCUACAACGUCACUGUCACUCCCUGUGCCUGUGGGAGCCAGGGGGCCAGCCUGCUGCUGCUGGUUAAGACUGGUUAGUACCAUGUGCAGGAUUUUCGAUAGAUCAACUUUCUGCAAUGUGUGCAUACUUUAAUUGUUAUGAGGGUUGUGUUCUCCUAACUGAUGCAGUGUACUUUAUUCAUUACACACUGACACAGCUAUAUGACUUGGUUGUACUUACCACAACACUUUCAUGUUAUGCUGACUCCUAUAGCAGAUAUUAAAGUUUUCUACAGUGGUGGAAAAAGUACCCAAUUGUCAUACUUGAGUAAAAGUAAAGAUACCUUAAUAGAAAAUGACUCAAGUAAAUGUGAAAGUCCCCCAGUAAAAUACUACUUGAGUAAGAGUCUAAAAGUAUUUGGUUUUAAAUAUACUUAAGUUUCAAAAGUACAUGUAAUUGCUAAAAUAUACUUAAGUAUCAAAAGUAAAAGUAUAAAUUAUUUCAAAUUCCUUAUAAUAAGCAAGACGGCAGCAUAUUUUAUUGUUAUUUUUUUACGGAUAGCCAGGGGCACACUCCAACACUCAGACAUCCUUUACAAAUGAAGCAUUUGUGUUUAGUGAGUCCGCCAUGUUCUCUUGAUAAGUGUGUGAAUUGGACCAUUUUCCUGUCCUGCUAAGCAUUCAAAAUGUAACGAGUACUUUUGGGUGUCAGUAAGAAGUACUAUUAUUUUAUUAUUUUCUUUAGGAAUGUAGUGAAGUAAAAGUAAAAGUAAAAAUGGUAAUAGUAAAGUAAAGGACAGAUACCCCCAAAAACUAUUUAUGUAGUACUUUAAAGUAUUUUUACUUAAGUACUUUACACCACUGCUUUUCUAAUUACUGCAUUGCAUUGACUGGAUGAGUGUAUCCCAUUCACAGCUGCACAGACACUUCGAGCAACAGUUCGCCUGACCAACGUGCAGUUCACUGAUGCCCUGCUGUACCCCACUAGCCAGGAGUAUCAGAAUCUCAGUCGUGGUAUUGUGGAAGAGGUACAAGGCUAAAUUAUAAAUGUUUUUUGAAUGUUUGAAUGUUGUCAUUGUCCUCACUUAUAGUGAAAACAUGGAAUAAAUUAAUGAUGUAAAAGAAAAGCCUAAUAAAGACACCUACACAUGUUUUGUAGUUCCUACAUGUUGUAGUUAUAGUUCAUACGUGUUGUAAUGUUGUAGUUUCUAUCAAACAACACUGUCCCACAGAUCCUCCAGUCUCUCCCUCCUGAUAUCCUGGCCCUGGUGAACUCAGGAGAUGUGAGGGUUCAGAUCACAGGCCUGACCCCUGGUAGUGUAGUAGUGAACUUCACCAUCAUCUUCACACCCAGUCAGUCCCAGGACAUCUUGAAGGUGUCCUCUGCUCUGGUACAGGCCCUACAGAACAGCUCCAGAUACACUGUUGACAGCAACAACACCAGUAUAGAUGGUAAUGCUGUCUUAACCUUUUACAGUUGUAAGAAUACUUUGAUUUUGAUAAAAGGAAUGUGCACAAGAUAAUGUGCCAGGUCUCCAAUUGGCCUUCUUGAAAACUAUUAUUUGUAUCAAUGGGACUUCCUGAUUAAAUAUACUGUAGGUUAAAUAUGAAAGAAGAUAACUCUCUGUGAGCAUUAGAUAGAGGGCACAUUUUGUGAUACCAAUCUGCACAAACUGUUAACCUGAUUUUCAAUGCCAGAUUUAUUUUCGUUUUUGUCUCGAACAGAUGUUGAUGAGUGCAGUACAGGGGACAUGGACUGCUCCCCAUGGGCCCAGUGCAGUAACAACUGGGGCUCCUACAGCUGUCUCUGUCUGGACGGAUUCACUGACUCCAACCCCUCCAGGCCGGGACGGGCCUGUUCAGGUAGACAAUAGAGAAUCCUUUCUUUCACUUUAGUUUGAUAGUCUUCAUUCAUAUGUAUUUGGAGAUACUAGAGUACUUCAGGCUUCAUUGCCUAAUCAGUUCACUACAGUUCAACCUGUAAUUUUCAUGUUUUUGCAUUGCAGCACAUUUGACCACAACCACACCUACAAUGCCCAUCACAACACCUGUCCAGACGACCACAGCUCCAGCUCCAGCUACAACCACAACCACAACCAACUCUCUGGUUACAACCGACAAUACAGUUUCAACCACUACAACCUACAAUACAACCUCAAUCACAUCCAACAAUAAAACUACAACUACAAUCAACACACCAGUUACAACCAACAAUGCCGUUAGAAUCAACAACACUGUUUCAACCGCUACUCCAAUCCCACUGACAACCAUGACCCCAGUUCCAACCAAAACCACCACUGAUGUUCCUACAGCAAUGACCACCAAUGUGACCAGCGGUCUCAUCACAACGAGUCUGCAGCCUAUGACUCCUACAUCUCCGGCUAUUCUGGUUUCUGAUACGAGGGGCAUCUCUGUGGAGUGCAGGGCCAGCUAUAUCACAGUGACAGUUGUAAGGGACUUCCUGGGGGCGAGGCACAUUGGGGACUCUUCCCUCUACCUGGGGAGACAGGAGUGUGGCAUGAACGGAGGGAACAGCAGCCAUGUCCAGCUGACAGUGGCUUGGGACCAGUGUAACACACAGCUCUUAUAUGUGAGUCAGUAAACUUGUGAGUCAGUGGCUAGAGGAUGCUACCUACUGCCCCCUUGUGUCACAAUAAGCAUAGUCUCUGGUGUGUUUUGGGUAAAUAAAAGGUUAUUCUAUAAUGUACAGUACAUAACAGACCUGGAUUUUACAGGUUAAAAUGUCCUUAUUUAGUAAAAACAUGCAACAACAAAAAAAUAUACUAAAAAACAUGCAGCCUGUGAACAUUGUUUCUUGUAGGUUCAGGUGUUGGAUGACCAAACUAGAUUGAACUGUCCUCAUGGUCUGUUAGAAAGUAAAAUAACUUUCCCAUACCCCUGUUAACUUUUGUAUUUCAGAAUAGCACUCAUUUCACUGCUCAGACGACUCUGUUCAAUUCCAUGGGUCCCCAGAGCCUGCCCGACAGCGAAACGAGGGUGCCUACAGUACGGCUGGAGGUCCCCAUCAUGUGUACCUUUGGGAAAAGCAUCCUCAUCUCUGCGGGUUAUGACCCCACAGGGUAUGCUCUGCCAGGCACCAUGGUUACCUUAUCUACCGUCACUAUGGUCACAUCCCCCUCCACACUUUUACUCCCACAAAUCACUGCUCAGCUAGACUGAAACUGAAUACACAUAACUUUACUCAAUAAAGGCUUGACAUUUCUCUCUAAUUGACAAACAGUAUAUUUUAAUGCAGUAUCUAUGAACUAGACAUAUUCAGCAUGUUGUUACAAAAUAUCUUAUUCAGGCAUAUUUUGUUGACAGGUAUGACAUGAUCAAAGAUGUCGUCAUGGGCUCAGGGACUUUCCAUGUGACGGUUCAGCUCCUGAAUGGAAUGUCCCUUCUCCCUCAGAACUACAGCCUGUCUCCCGAGGAGGACGUUGUGGUCGAGGUCAGCGUCAACUCCACAGUUGACCAGAUCAAAGUGGUCAUCAACAAGUGCUGGGCCACCCAGAGCAGCAACCCCUUGGAACCAACAAUUUACUUGUUCCUAGAAAACAGGUAUGUUCUACAAUUUAUUUUGAUGUUGCCCUGUCAUAGUUAGCUUAAAUGCUAGGUUUUCAUUCAGUGGCAUGGAAUAUAAUAUAAUAUAAUUUAAAUGUAUUGUCCAUCCAAGGAUGGACAUUUUCCUGAAGGUUCAGAUGUGAUUAGGUACUUUCUAAGCUUUUUGCCAGUAAUCUGUCUCUCUCUGUCUCUCUUUUCUCAUCAGCUGUCCCCUCCCAAACACAUACACCACAGUCUUGGAGAACGGCAACUCCAGCAAUUCUCGCCUGUCCCUUCGCAUCUUCUCCUACGUCAACCUCAAUGUCAUCUACUUGCACUGCCAGAUUCAUAUCUGUAUCAAGAGUGGCUCGACCACCUGCCAGCCUGUGAGUAUUUGUCCAUCUUUAUUCAUACUGUACUACUCAAGUAAACAGUAUGUACUUUGAUGUCUAGAUUUACUGUUCAACCAGAGGUUAAAUUGGGAAUUCGGAGGUGGGGAAGUCCUGGCGGGUUGAAUAUAAGGCUAGGGUUAUGACAAAUUUGUUAUAAUUAGGUUUAGGGUUACUACUGUGAGUACAAUGUAUUACUAUUCUAGGGUUAAGGGUUUGGGUUAGGAUGAAUACUUUAUCCUACUUUUUAUCCUACUAUUUUUUGGACCCGUAAGGUGCUGGAGCUCGGCUCUGCCUUGCUCUCCCUUUACCUCAAGGUGCUGGAGCUUGGCUCUGCCUGGCUCUCCCUUUAACCCAAGGUGCUGUAGCUUGGCUCUGCCUUGCUCUCCCUUUAACUCAAGGUGCUGGAGCUUGGCUCUGCCUUGCUCUCCCUUUAACCCAAGGUGCUGGAGCUUGGCUCUGCCUGGCUCUCCCUUUAACCCAAGGUGCUGGAGCUUGGCUCUGCCUGGCUCUCCCUUUAACUCAAGGUGCUGGAGCUUGGCUCUGCCUGGCUCUCCCUUUAACCCAAGGUGCUGGAGCUUGGCUCUGCCUGGCUCUCCCUUUAACCCAAGGUGCUGGAGCUUGGCUCUGCCUUGCUCUCCCUUUAACCCAAGGUGCUGGAGCUUGGCUCUGCCUGGCUCUCCCUUUAACCCAAGGUGCUGGAGCUUGGCUCUGCCUGGCUCUCCCUUUAACCCAAGGUGCUGGAGCUUGGCUCUGCCUGGCUCUCCCUUUAACUCAAGGUGCUGGAGCUUGGCUCUGCCUGGCUCUCCCUUUAACCCAAGGUGCUGGAGCUUGGCUCUGCCUGGCUCUCCCUUUAACCCAAGGUGCUGGAGCUUGGCUCUGCCUGGCUCUCCCUUUAACCCAAGGUGCUGGAGCUUGGCUCUGCCUGGCUCUCCCUUUAACCCAAGGUGCUGGAGCUUGGCUCUGCCUGGCUCUCCCUUUAACCCAAGGUGCAGGGGCUCUGGGUAUUUCCGGUUUAAUUUAGCCACUGUGUUCAACCAUUUUGAUAUGACUACCAUAGAGGCUUUUGAAAACCUCUCUACUAGGAGAAGAAGUUUAACUAGUUCAAUGCUGUUCUCUUUCCAUAAUAUUUUAUUUUGUUAGGAUUGUAUUGAGCGGACAGAAAGAUUGUCCAAUCUAAUCGGAACGGCAAAAGCAUCCUGUGGACCAUUCUUUCGAUCACACGAAGGUAAAUGCUCUUCAAAGUGUUACUGCAUCAAAAUAAGCUAUACUGUGACAACAUGAUGACUAGGCUACUGAUAAUAUCCAAAAUAUCCAGAAUGUCCUACUUAUAUAUAUAUAGCCCAUGAUAUACAGUAUAUGAUGAUGAUCAGCUGUACAUAUUGGGGAGUUAAUGUAUUCUGACAUGUUUUCUGUCAGUGUCCGUCAAAGAGAGCUCUGUUACUCUUCGUCUGGUGGACUACAGCUUACUGGGAAUAGGACUGUUCCUCCUUUUCAUCGGGAGUCUCUCUUCCUUGUUCUUCUACCACAGGAAGCGAAUUGGAACCUACAGCUUCAGUCUCAAACCCAAGCAAGAGAACUUUACCUAUCAU